GUCAGGCUAACCACCAGGGGGCGCCAGUAAAGAUUGUCUCCUGUCGCUGAGCUGAUGAAUGCGGAAGAGGUGGAGGUCAGAGUUGAAUGUUUGACAGAAAGCUGAAUAUGGAUUCCAUAUUUCAUGAGAAACAAGAAGGCUCCCUGUGUGCCCAGCACUGCCUGAACAACCUCCUGCAGGGGGAGUACUUCACCCCCGUGGAUCUGUCCUCCAUUGCCCACCAGCUGGAUGAAGAGGAGAGGAUGAGGAUGGCCGAGGGUGGCAUGGCCAGUGAGGAGUACCGGACGUUUUUACAGCAACCCUCAGGGAACAUGGAUGACAGUGGAUUCUUCUCGAUACAAGUUAUUAGCAACGCUCUGCGGGUGUGGGGCUUGGAGCUGAUCCUUUUUAACAGCCCAGAGUACCAGAGGCUGAUGAUAAACCCGAUAAAUGAAAAAGCUUUCAUUUGCAACUAUAAGGAGCACUGGUUUACUAUACGCAAACUGGGACAGCAGUGGUUCAACCUGAACUCCCUCCUGACUGGACCGGAGUUGAUAUCGGACACAUAUUUAGCCCUUUUCCUCGCACAGCUGCAACAGGAAGGUUAUUCCAUAUUUGUAAUCCGGGGAAAUCUCCCAGAGUGCGAGGCGGAGCAGAUCCUGGGGAUCAUGCGGGUCCACCAGCAGCAGCGGCCCAGACUCAUCGGCGAGGACGAGGCCCAGACCAGCAUGGGCAGGACGUCGACCUCUCAGGUGCAGACGGACGCGGGUUUUGUUGUAGAGGACGAGGAUGAGGAGCUGAAGAGAGCUCUGGCGCUCAGCAGGCAGGACAUGGAUGUGGAAGACGAAGAGGCCGACGUUCGGAGAGCUAUUCAGCUCAGCAUGCAGGGAGCCGUGAUGAGCAACUCGUCUUCGGAGUGCGAGGCUUUAGGUGUGAAAUCCAGCAGCGCUGAUGAAGGACAAAAAGUCCAGAGCGAGACGCUGACAGCGGAGGAGCUGAGGAAGAGGAGACAGGCCUACUUUGAUCGGCAGCAGCAACAAGCUCAGCCAAACAUUCCCCAACAGCCAGACACAAAUCCAGGAUCAACAAACACCGGCUCAGAGGAAGACCAACAGCAAGAGUCCAGCCAGUGAAGUUGUGGAAAGUUUGUGUUUACCAGCGGCCUGGAUUGGAACCCCUGCCUGGGGUAGCUUCGCUCCCUCUAACCUUUUGCAUAUGCAAACAUAAGGACGUAAGGACACGGUUUCCUGUGUUAGUUCACUGACCGACCACAGAGACGAGAAGAAGAGGCAGCACUUUGGUGCGACUCGGUGAAGCGCUCGGGCUCCAGCGGACUCAUGAUGCAGUAAAUCCAAGAUUGCAAUUGCCUUUUUUUACCAUGGCGCCUUCUUUUCUAUUGUAUACAGUUUUUUUUUAUUCCAGUUCUUUCGGAGUUUUUUUUAGGAAGAUCUGGAAAGACAAAAAAACAUGCAAGUUUUGGAGGUAAAAAGAAAAAUAAGAUAGGCAUUCUAUGAAAGCCAUACGAGACCAAGGUUUUGGACAGAAAAAGCUUUAUAGGCGACGACAAACCCUCCUGGGUUUGGUUUGUGGAACAAAGAAAUGAUUAGGAGACCUAAUCCAUCACAACUCCUUUAUAGUCUGAAAUAAUCCAACCAUUUCUCACCGCACCAAAGUGUCUUUGGGUCUGAAACACUAACAUCUGUUGAUUGUUUAUUCCUGAUCUGAGUGAUGGUUUUACUCCCAGAACACAGUUCGUCUUCGAUGUUUUCACUUUAUUCCUUUCUUUAAAUGUACGAGUAGACAUUAAAUGAGUAAAGGGUCCAGUGUGGACAGUACA